AUGCACAUCCUCACCCCCCUCAUCUUUCUCUCCUCCCUAACAACCGCCUCCCUCCUCCCCUUCGCCUCAAGAACCGACACCCAUCUCCUACCUCCCGCCUUCUUCCUCGCCGGCGACUCUACAACCGCCAUCCAAGCCCUCACCAACACCUCCAAAGGCGGCGGCUGGGGCACCGGUUUCCUCUCCACCCUCAAGAACGGCGCCAAAGGCACGAACUACGGACACAACGGCGCGACGACAGUGAGUUUCGUCGCUGGAGGGGAUUGGGCGAAUGUGUUAAAGGGCGUGAGAGAGGCGGAAGGGAAGUAUAGGCCGUUUGUCACUAUCUCGUUCGGACACAACGACCAAAAACCCGCCGCAAACAUCUCGCUCGCCCAGUACUCGACCAACCUACGCUCACUCGCCCAGCAAAUCCUCGAUCUAAACGCAACACCCAUCCUCGUAACCUCCCUCUCCCGCCGCAACUUCAACGCCUCCGGCCUCGUAACCCGCAACCUCGAGAACGAACGCCUCGCCACCAUCGCCGUCGCUAAAUCCCUCGACGUCACAUACGUGGACCUCAAUCUCGCGAGCAUGAAUUACUUGAACGCGAUUGGGCUGGCGAAAGCUACGACGUAUAAUCUUGAGCCGACCGAUUUUACGCAUUUGAAUGAUAUGGGGAGUCGCGUGUUUGGGAAUUUGGUGGCGGCGUUGGUGCUUGAGACGGGACUGGGAAAGGGACUGAGGGAGUGGGUGGGUGUGGAUUGGAGGGUUGUGCAGGGGAUUAGGAGGGGGAUUUAUGUUACUGCGUGA